AUGGCUCCUCGCACGGAAUUCAGCACUGAACAAGUGCGCAACAAGGCCCGGAAGGACCUCCUAUACAUGCUUGAGGGUGUACGUAAGACCGCAAUGACCCUGGACGUUCGAGGGAAGAAGAAUGUUGUCUUUGAUCGCAGUUUGGUCGGCCCGAUCGGCACCAUUGUAAAGGCUACCGCGCUUCAGGAAUACGGGGUCGAUAAGUUCUUUGUACUUGAAAACAACAAUGUCGAUACGAGCCAGCGCAACGUCGUUUUCAUCGUGAGAGGCGAGUCCGGCAGGCAUGCCGAGUCAGUCGCAGCCCAAAUCAAACGAGUUCAACGUGAGAGCCAGACUGGUCAUGAAUUUCACAUCUUCUGGGUGCCCCGCCGGACACUCCUAUCCGAUCAAAUACUCGAGGAAUCAGGUGUUUUGGGCGACGUGAACGUUGCAGAAUUGCCCUUGUCGUUCUUUCCCCUGGAGAAUGAUGUGCUAUCUCUCGAGCUGAACGACUCUUUCCGGGACCUGUAUCUCUCAAAGGACAUCACUCCCAAUUUCUUGAUGGCCAAGGCUCUCAUGGAAAUCCAGCAGAAUCAUGGGCUAUUCCCCCGGAUCAUUGGAAAGGGAGAUAACGCCAAGAGGGUUGCCGAUCUUCUGGGACGGAUGCGACAAGAACUGCUGGCAGGCGGGGACUCCAGCGAAGCGAACCGCGCGGGCCUAACGCCAAGCACGACAAAUGACAGUGUUAUCAUUAUUGAUCGCGAGGUUGACUUCGUCACGCCUCUUCUUACCCAGCUUACGUACGAAGGCCUCAUCGAUGAGGUUUUCGAGAUACAGAAUAAUCAGACGAAAGUCGAUACUGCAAUCGUCGGUGCCCCCGCUCAGUCUCAGUCCUCGGCAGCGACACCGCAGAGCCGAAAACGAACAAUCCAGCUCGACUCGAGUGACAAACUCUACGAUCAGCUUCGCGAUGCAAACUUUGCUAUUGUAGGAAGUCUUCUCAACAAGGUCGCCCGUCGGUUGCAGCAAGUGCAAUCCGAUUACGAGACCAAGCACAAGACCAAGACAAUUGCAGAGCUCAAAGAGUUCGUGGGCCAGCUUCCUGGCUACCAGCAAGAGCACCAAAGCGCUAGGAUACACACAGGACUAGCGGAGGAGAUAAUCAAGCACACACGGUCGGAUCAAUUCAAGGGAUUACUAGAGGUGCAGCAGAAUAUCGCCGCUGGCGCCGACCCCUCGACCCAGGCCGAAAGAAUCGAAGAGCUCGUAGCCCGGGACACACCGAUACGAGAGGUUUUGAGAUUACUGUGCGUUUACUCAUGCAUAUCAGGUGGUAUCAAGCCAAAGGAAUUUGACCACUUCAAACGCCUGAUACUCCAAGGUUACGGCCACCAACAUAUCCUCACUUUGAACAGCUUGGAAAAAUUACAACUCUUCCUUUCACGCUCAUCGCCUCUGGCGGGGAUGAUACCAAUGACGGGCAACGCCGGGCCUAGCGGCGGGGCGAAAACGAAUUAUACAUACCUGCGAAAGCAGCUACGUCUAAUCGUGGACGAGGUUCAAGAGGACGACCCUAACGACAUUGCUUAUGUGUACAGCGGUUAUGCGCCACUUUCUAUCCGUCUCGUCCAAUGCAUCCUGCAAAAGCAGUACCUAUUGAGCGUAACCAAAGGAGGUGGCGCAAACGUCGCCAACGCUGCUCUCUCGUCGGGGGCCGCUACACAAGGCUGGCAUGGCUUUGACGAUGCUGUAAAACACGUGCGGGGCCAAACAUUCUAUGAACUUCAAAAAGGAGAGGACAAGGCUGUAAAAGCAAGAGCUCUCCUUUCCGGAAGUGGGAAUAGACAGACGGUCUUUGUAGUGUUCGUUGGCGGUAUCACGUUUACGGAGAUUGCGGCACUUCGAUUUAUAGCAAAGCAAGAAGAGACGCCCGACCUCUCGCGGCAGAGUUCGUCUUCGAACCUGUCGUCCGAGGUCGCUCCGGAAAUAGUCGUGUGGACUGAGGAUAUGGACCUUGACAGCCCAAGUCAGGAUGACUCCGAUAUCCUGUCGGAUCUGGAUAUGAGCAGUGACGAAGCACCCGAUUUUUAUGGGCUGUCCAGACAGGCUGAUGAAGAAUCCGAUGAGGAUGAUGAGGCAUCCGAAGAGGGUGACGAGGCCCCCCAAGAUGACGACGAAGCCCCUGAAGAUGAAGACGAAGUAUCCGAGCUUGGUGAUGCCUCGCUCGGGGAGGUCGAUGUGGCAUCGGAGAGUGACAAUGCCGCACUAAGGGAGGCCCACGAAGCAUCCGAGGAUGAGGCAGCACUCGGGGAUGUCGACGAAGAAUCCGAGGACGAUGAUGAACUGCUCAAGGAUGUUGAUGAGGCGCCUGAGGAAGUUGAUGGAGAACUCAAAGACGCUGAUGGGAUGCUCGAAGAUACCAAUGAAGUGCCCCAGGUUAAUGACGCCCUUGAAGACGCCGGUGGAGUGCUCGAAGAUGCCGAUGAAGCGCUUCAAGACGCUGAAGAAGCACUCGAAGUCAGCGAUGAUACCAAGGGAGUUCUGGCUGUCGCAGCAGAAGGUGAAGCAGAGCGAUCCGUCUCCUCGCCCUCAGCCUUGACCGAACUCUCCGAACUCUCCUCCUUAUCUUCAAAUGUGUCGAGCAAGGCCACGACACCUUUCGAUGCAGAUGCUUCCAGAGGUACAUCUGCAGAUCAAUCAGCGCCCAGGACGGUCCCGGUACACCAAACUUCAUUCUACCAGACUGAAGUGGAACGCCUAACCUUCAAUGUGCGCCCCAAGGCCUCGAUCCCAAGGAAUAUAUCGUCUCAGAGGUAUGCUGCCGAGUGCAUCUGGGCUGCAGAAUCCUCCAGGCUAAACCCUUAUGCGCUACAUCCCGAGGAAUAUCUGCUCUUCCGACAUCAUAUCUCCCAUGCUCAAGUCACAACGUAUCUUAAUAUCCGAAACGGCAUUCUACGUCAAUGGAUGAUUCGGCCUUCUGUCAAUGUAACGCGUCAGGCAGCUAUCGGCUGUGCCAAUGCUCGCUGGUUUGAUGCAGCAAGCGUGUGCUAUGACUGGUUGGCACGACGCGGAUACAUCAACUUCGGCUGCGUUCAAUUCGCUGACUCGGAAAAGGCUCAAAAUGGGGACCAGCCACAGGUUCAAAGAAGAAGAAGGACAAUUGUCGUCCUUGGUGCUGGUAUUUCAGGCUUAGGAUGUGCUCGGCAACUAGAAGGCCUCGGGAUCCAAUACGCUAGCCAAUUCCACGAUCAAGGGGAGGAUCCUCCCAGGGUCAUAGUUCUGGAGGGCCGAAGCCGUGUUGGGGGAAGAGUGUAUUCUCGCGAGUUGAAAACGCAGUCUUCCGAGAAGAACCCUCAAUUUGAAGGCAAGAGACUCUCAGCCGAGAUGGGCGGUAUGAUCAUCACUGGCUUCGAUCGUGGAAAUCCCAUGAAUAUUCUUGUACGGGCACAGCUUGGGAUCCCCUACCACGCCUUGACAGCCGAUACCACCAUUUACGAUAAUAAUGGCAAGCCAGUGGAUAUGGUCCGAGAUCUCCUAGUAGAAAAACUCUACAACGAUUGCUUGGACCGUGUGAGCGAGUUUAAGCACAAGUCACAACCAUCCAAAUUAAUCGAAGGAAAGCGCGAUCUCAUUGAGGAUGGCCGCGACGCUCCCGGAGAUGGCAGCAAAACCAUCAUGCAGGCAGAAGAAGCCACUGCAGCCUUGCCUCAUGCCCCCCCGGUCUCGCUACAGAGUGUCCCAGAACAUGUAAAUAUGGUCCCAGUCUCAUCGGACAAAGUAACUGGCCGUGUGCACACUCAGCCUGGCGUUCCUGCCACGCUUAAGGCGUCCGAAAAGGCCAAGCUCAUGGGAUGGGACGCAAAAGCAGGUUCUACUGACAGUGAUAACGUUGAUCUGAACGAUGCUGUCAAUCAGGAGGGGGCUACACUCGGCUCGGUUCUGGACUAUGCAGUAUCGCAGUAUAAACAUCUCAUUGAUCUAACGCCUCAAGAUUUCAGGCUCUUCAAUUGGCACGUUGCCAACUUAGAAUACAGCAAUGCCACCAACCUCCAUCGACUCAGCCUUCCACUUUGGGACAUUGAUGCUGGAAAUGAAUGGGAGGGGCACCAUACCAUGAUUGUGGGUGGAUAUCAAAGCGUAGCCCGAGGCCUUGUCCACUGCCCAGAGCCGCUGGAUGUCAGAACGAACUUUCCUGUCAAGAGUAUCAAAUACAGAGCUGAGGCUUCAAACAACGGCCCUGCUACCAUUGAAUGUGAGGAUGGCACCGUGGUAGAGGCCGACACUGUUGUCUGCACGAUUCCUUUGGGCGUGCUCAAGCAGAACAAUAUCACUUUCGAUCCUCCUCUUCCAACUUGGAAGACAGGCGUUGUGGGCCGUCUCGGCUUCGGCAUCCUGAACAAGGUUGUUUUGAUCUAUGACAAGAUCUUCUGGGAACCUGAUAGGCACAUUUUUGGGGUCUUGAGGGAUCCUCCAAACCGCCAUAGCACAAACCAAAGGGACUAUGGAGCGAAUCGUGGCCGCUUUUUCCAAUGGUUCAAUGUGUCCAACACGACGGGCGUCCCUUGCCUGAUUGCUCUAAUGGCAGGCGAUGCGGGCUUCGAAACUGAGCAUUCCAGCAAUGAUGUUCUGGUUGCAGAGGCCACUGAGAUUCUACGAAGUGUAUUCGGAGCCGAUGUUCCGUAUCCUGUUGAGGCUAUGGUUACCAGAUGGGGUUCCGACCGAUUUGCAAGAGGAAGUUACUCAUCCGCAUCCCCCGAAAUGCAGCCGGAUGAUUACGAUGUAAUGGCACGGCCAAUUGGAAAUCUCUUUUUCGCCGGGGAGCACACGAUCGGCACGCAUCCAGCGACGGUACAUGGCGCAUACAUGUCAGGGUUGCGAGCAGCCUCGGAGGUGUUGGAGGCGAUGCUGGGCCCGAUUGAGGUCCCGACACCGCUCGUUUUGCCCAAGGAUUCGCUUUUGCUCCAGAAACGCCAAGAAUCAGCAAAAGACCCUCGUAAAGCUCGCCUGGAAGCCUAUGAGUUGGAAGUUUGGCAUCAUUUGCAAUUACAUCUUGGGCAUCGCCCAGUCCGGCCCACCAAGCCGGCUGCUAAUGCUUACAUGCUGUUCAGCAGGGACAAGUUUGAGGACGCACGGAAGCUCUGUGAAGGGAAUCGAAAGCCCGGCAGAACUAAAUCGGCCCCGAACGAGGUCCGAGUGAUGACUUCCAAGAUGUGGAAGAACGCCUCGCCAGAAAAGCGCAAACCCUACGAGGACCAGGCCGCCGAAAACAAGAAGGCCUACGCAGAAGCUAUACUGCGGCACACAGAGGAGUCAGAGAAGUGGGACCGCCAGGCUAUCGCGCUGCGGGCGGCAUACGAGAAAGAAAACCCAAAGCCGGUAGACAAUGAGAAACUCACUCCAGAGGAAGAAGGGCCAGGGCCCAAGCAUCGUCGAGUCAGACCCGUGAGCUAUGCCGAGGACCGCGAUGAGGACCGUAAUUGA